CCGGAAAUGGAAUGUGUGCUGCUGACGUCACGCUGCUGCAGGUAGUGAGAGCAGUUCGCAAUACUGUAGUGAUUAUUUGGGUUCUUUUCACUCGUGAAUUUCGAGAGGUGAUGGUGGACGAUGCGGCGCCAACAUCUCGUAGUUAAAAAAAGAACAUGAAGGACAAGGCUCGUAGAAAAGAGAUGAAACGUAUGUACAGACGCCUGAUUUAAACGAGCGCCGUCCGUUCAGCUCCGUCUGUCUCUUGCUACACGGGAAACAAAGCGACACGAGCCGAAUGCGGAUUUCACUUUUAUCCGGCUUCGUCUGUGUAGGUGGAGGCUGCGGUCUCUGUCGCCCCGAGGAAAACAACAACGACAGACAUAGACCCGCAGCUUGAAAAGAGACUUUACAAACGGCGGUGGUUUUUGUAAACGAGGUGGAACUACUCCUCAUGCCUUAACUACGACGAGAAGGUGAAAAGAUUGUCGCCCGCGAAACGAGAUGCAGCCGCCCGAAGACGUUUGAGUUUCAACGUGGAAGAGUCGACCAGUCGCAGGAACCUGAAGCCAUGAAGACCCCAUCAAGUUCCACUGAUCUGGAAACACUGGCAACUGCACCAUGCUCAGAGUGAGCUCACCGGCAGCGAUGCUUGCUCCACCUCGAGCAGAAUGGUUUACUUCACUAGCAUUCCCCUGCAAGAGGCCAGGGACAACAACAGCAGUCUCUGCUGCCUCUUUACGGGGCUGUUGAGCUUUUCACCUAAGCUGGAGAUGGAAAACAUCUCCGCAGCGAAUGCCACGCCCCCAGAGUCAGCCACGCCUACGGCGAAGGCCGCAGAGACUCUGCAUGGUGUCAGUUUACCUCUGCAGGUCUUCUUUUGCUUUUUUAUGGUGGCCAUCUUGCUUGUGGCGCUGUUGGGCAACAUGGUGGUUUGCGUAAUGGUGUACCAGAGAUCUGCCAUGCGCUCGGCUAUCAACACCCUCCUUGCAAGCCUGGCAUUUGCCGACAUGAUGCUGGCCAUCUUGAACAUGCCCUUCGCUCUGGUCACGGUCAUAACAACCGACUGGAUUUUCGGGGACCUCUUCUGUCGCGUGUCAGCCAUGCUCUUUUGGUUCUUCGUGGUGGAAGGCGUGGCCGUGCUGCUCAUAAUAAGCGUUGAUCGUUUUCUAAUAAUCGUCCAAAAGCAAGAUAAGCUCAGUCCGCAGCGGGCCAAAGUACUGAUCAUGGCCACGUGGGGUUUGUCCUUAAUAUUUUCAUUCCCUUUGGCUGUCGGGUCCCCUCCAUUACAGGUCCCACCCAGAGCCCCUCAGUGCGUUUUUGGCUACAGCACCAAGCCUGGCUACCAUGCCUACGUACUGAUCCUGAUGCUAGUUUUCUUCUUUAUUCCAUUUAUGGUCAUGCUGUACACGUUCAUGGGGAUCCUGAACACCAUUCGCCACAACGCCAUUCGAAUUCACAGCCACACUGACGGUAUCUGCCUGAGCCAGGCCAGCAAACUUGGCCUGCUGAGCCUUCAGAGGCCCUUUCAAAUGAACAUAGACAUGAGCUUCAAGACCCGUGCCUUCACCACCAUACUCAUCCUCUUCUCUGUGUUUACGGUGUGCUGGGCACCGUUCACCGCCUAUAGUUUAGUGUCAACCUUCAGUGACGGCUUCUACCAGAAGGACAGCUUUUUUCAAGUCAGCACGUGGGUCCUGUGGCUGUGCUACCUCAAGUCGGCCCUUAAUCCACUCAUUUACUACUGGCGAAUCAAGAAGUUCCGAGAUGCCUGCCUUGACCUAAUGCCCAAGUACUUUAAGUUCCUUCCUCAGUUGCCUGGAAACACAAAGAGGCGCAUACAGCCCAGCGCAGUGUACGUGUGUGGUGAACAUCGCUCCGUGGUUUGAAGUCAAAUCCAACAAUGUUUACCGUUAAAUCUCCGCAGAAUAAAUACAGCUAUCUUUGGUCUGAUCUGUGAAGUCGUUCCCGACUGAAAGUGGCACCCACUGAAAUAAAAUACAAUGCAAAAGAACGAUGCUACGCAUACUGAACUGCAUGACUCACAACUAUUGUAGGUUAUACCAUUGGCCGAGAUGACCUUUAUACAAUAACUACAGCCAAAAAUGACUGCGGCCCAUAUAUUGCGACAGCCAUUCAACGCAGACUGAUAUGUGUUCCCGUGAAUCUUAAGUUUUACACUUCUCAUUGACCUUAACUCGAUGUAUGUUUGCCACUUGUAGUCCGAUUGCCAUUUUACUAAGGCCAGUGUGCUCCAUGACCAAAUCCAAAAAUACCUUUGUUAACAGUGGUCAUUUCUCAGCAGGUGAAAAACUAAUUUAAAAAAUUUGCUUUUUUACUAAUGCUAAGCCGCAGUUGUAUAACUUACGUACCCGUUCCCUUUCCUGUCGUUAUCCAAAAUCACAAUUAAGAUAUAGAUGUAAUUUGGAACCAUAACAGUUGAUAUUAUAUUUUAGUUUCUCUUGUGUGGAAAUACAUAGUUUCUGCCACAUUUAAACUUUCCUGGCAAUAUUUUGAAUAUUUAAUCCAUUCAUUUUAAGUGCUACAACUUGUACAAGGGCAUAUAUAUGUAUAUAUAUAUAAUAUAUAUAUGUGUAUAUAUGUGUGUGUAUAUAUG